CAAGGGCCGGCGCCGAUUGGCGACGCCCCGUCACGUGACCGCAACGCUCCGCCGGCGCCAAUUUCAAACAGGGGAACAAACUGAAAGCUCCGGUGCCGGACCCCACCCCCGGCCCCUGGCCCAGGACCCCCUCCCCUCCCGGGAUCCCCCGGGAUUCCCCACCCCUCCCGCACCGUCGGGGACCUGGCCGGCCUGGCGCGAGUCCCUAUCUGGGACCCUGGCUCGGCCCCCAGAUUGGAGAAGCCCGGAGUCCGCCCUAGGAGCCUCACCCCAGCAGCGGCGGAGGCUGCAGUCGGGAGCACCACUUGGCUUUUACUGGAAGUGUGACCUCUGUACCCUGCAUCAGGAGGGCUGAGGUGGCCUACCAAGUGUGAAUCGUGGCUGAACUGAAGACUGAGCUUAUUCUCCAGGUCCAUGCUUGUGAUUCUCAAUGGAGAGUGAAAGCACAGAUUCAUAAUGAAAACCAGCCCCCGUCGGCCACUGAUUCUCAAAAGACGGAGGCUGCCCCUUCCUGUUCAAAAUGCCCCAGGUGAAACAUCAGAGGAGCAACCUAAGCAGUCCCCUGCCCAACAGGAGCCUGGCCAAGCACAGGCCUCCAAGGAGGUGGCAGAGUCUAGCUCUUGCAAGUUUCCAGCUGGAAUCAAGAUUAUUAACCACCCUACCAUGCCUAACACCCAAGUGGUGGCCAUCCCCAACAAUGCCAAUAUCCAGAGCAUCAUCACAGCACUGACCGCCAAAGGAAAAGAAAGUGGCAGCAGUGGGCCCAACAAGUUCAUCCUCAUCAGCUGUGGGGGAGCCCCCACUCACCCUCCAGGACCCCAGCCUGUAACCCAAGCCAGCUGUGAUUCAAAGAGGACAGAAGUGAUAACCGAAACCCUGGGACCAAAGCCUACAGCUAGGGAUGUGAAUCUUCCUAGACCUCCUGGAGCCCUUCCGGGGCAGCGAUGGGAGAGCUGUGCUGGCGGUGAGGCAGCAGGCUGCACUCUCGACAACAGCUUGACCAAUAUCCAGUGGCUUGGAAAGAUGAGUUCUGAUGGACUGGGCUCCUGCGGCAUCAAGCAAGAAAUGGAGGAAAAAGAGAAUCAUCACCUGGAACAGAGUCAAGUUAAGGUUGAGAAGGCCCCUGGAGGAUCAACAUCCUGGCAGGACUCCAUGUCUGAGCGGCCACCCUACUCUUACAUGGCCAUGAUACAAUUCGCUAUCAACAGCACUGAGAGGAAGCGCAUGACUUUGAAGGACAUCUAUACUUGGAUCGAGGACCACUUCCCCUACUUUAAGCACAUUGCCAAACCAGGCUGGAAGAAUUCCAUCCGCCACAACCUCUCUCUCCAUGACAUGUUUGUUCGUGAAACGUCUGCCAAUGGCAAGGUCUCCUUUUGGACCAUUCACCCCAGUGCCAAUCGCUACUUGACGUUGGACCAGGUGUUUAAGCCACUGGACCCAGGGUCUCCACAAUCGCCCGAGCACUUGGAAUCACAGCAGCAGAAACGACCCAAUCCUGAGCUCCGCCGGAACAUGACCAUCAAAACUGAACUCCCACUGGGCGCACGCCGGAAGAUGAAGCCCCUGCUACCACGGGUCAGCUCGUACCUGGUCCCCAUCCAGUUCCCAGUCAACCAGUCACUGGUGUUGCAGCCCUCGGUGAAGGUACCAUUGCCCCUGGCAGCUUCACUCAUGAGCUCAGAGCUUUCCCGCCAUAGCAAACGAGUCCGCAUUGCCCCCAAGGUACUGCUAGCUGAUGAAGGGAUAGCCCCUCUUCCCACUGUGGGACCAGUGAAAGAGGAAAAACUCCUGCCUGGAGAAGGGCUGUCCCCUUUGCUACCAGUUCAGUCCAUCAAGGAGGAAGAAAUCCAGGCUGGGGAGGAAACACCGUACUUAGCAAGACACAUCAAAGUGGAGAGCCCUCCCUUGGAAGAGUGGCCCUCCCCGUCUUUCAAAGAGGAACCGCCUCACUCCUGGGAGGAUUCGUCCCAGUCUCCCACUCCAAGGCCCAAGAAGUCCUACAGUGGGCUCAAGUCCCCAGCCCGGUGUGUCUCUGAAAUGCUUGUGAUUAAACGGAGGGAGAGGAGGGAGAGGAGCCGAUCCCGAAGGAAACAGCAUCUACUGCCUCCCCGUGUGGAUGAGCCCGAGCCGCUCUUCUCAGAGGGCCCCAGCACUUCCCGCCGAGCCGCAGAGCUUCCUUUCCUAGCAGAGGCCUCUGAGCCGGCCUCCCAGCACUGCUACUCCCAGGAGGAGGGAGGACCUUUUAAGACACCCAUUAAGGAGACACUGCCCAUCUCUUCUACCCCGAGCAAAUCUGUUCUCCCUAUGACCCCUGAAUCCUGGAGGCUCACACCCCCAGCCAAAGAGGGGGGACUAGAUUUCAGCCCAGUACGAACCCCCCAGGGUGCCUUUGGCCCCCUACCUGACUCCCUGGGGCUGAUGGAUCUCAGCACCACCCCACUGAAAAGUGUUCCACUCUUUGACUCACCCCGAGAGUUCCUCAAUUCGGAGCCCUUUGACCUUGUCUCUGACCCCUUCAGCGGCUGUCCGCCCUCAGAUAUGGAAACCCCCAAGCCAGGUUCCCCUGAGCCACAGGUUGCCAACCUUUCAGCCAAUCGCUCACUGACAGAAGGUCUGGUUCUGGACACAAUGAAUGAUAGCCUCAGCAAGAUCCUACUGGACAUCAGCUUCCCUGGCCUGGAGGAAGACCCACUGGGCCCUGAUAACACCAGCUGGUCUCAGUUCAUUCCUGAGCUGCGGUAGAGACCUGGCCUUACCGUUGCUGCUCAAGCUGCGCACUCUUCUGGAGCACUUGUGUGGCCAGGCGAUCCAGGCCCAGUGUACCCCAGGCCCUCUGAGUGAGAACAGCAGGCAGUGACUGCUCCUCAGCCCCGCCUUUCCUGGUGACGCCAAGGCAGCAACUGCGCCUUAGCCACCACAAGGGCCUCUGCAAACAGCACGACCCUGACAGCUGGUCUCUGUGCCCCUUCAGCUCCCCAGGAGAAUCUGGUUCCUCUACACCUACUGGGAGCUAAAGGGUGGACACAGCAAAAACAGAAGUGAAAGGGACUAGGAACUCUCCAAACUGCUUCCAUUCUGUACCCAGCAGUCUUCUUGCAGGGUGGCCCUUGUAAAUAGUGUAUAUUCUCCAAAUUAUCCUCUAAUAAUAAAUGUAAACUUAUUUCCUUAGAUUAUCUGGGGACUGCCAGAAAGCAGGUAGGAGGGCAAGGGGGUUCAGUUUGCUUUUAGUUCCUAGAGGCGGGAAGGACCUGCAGUGCCAGGUUUCUUCCAGGCCCGAGGUACCUAGCUCAAGGGCUCUUUACUGUAGGUACCUAGACCAGGACAUAAACUCACCCAUGUCCCUCUUCCUGCCCCUCCCCCACCUCCCCAUGUUUCCAGGUCAGCUUUCCUGCAAGAAGAAAUCCUGGUAACAGUUUCUUUUGUAUUGGGUCAAGAGUUGCAUUUGGGGUGGGGAUGGAUGCAUCUGAAGCAAAAGCAUGUGGGUGUUUCCACUGGAUAUUUCUCUAAUAGUGUCCCUAAUCAUGCCAUUGUCGAGAACGUGGCCAGAGGCUUGAGAAGGCUGGAAGGGCCCGUGACCUGCCUGGCUUUUUUAGCUUGCACCUCAGCUUUGCAGAGAGCCACCCUAGGCCCCAGCUGACUGCACGCAUGUAAGCCAGCUCAAGAACACUACUGUAACUACCUUCUCAAUAAAAUCCAGGGUGGAAAUGUCAG